GUAUACUUCUCGACCUCUAAACAAGUGAUUCAGAGUUCAACUCUUUCUGUUCUCUUUAAACUCUCUCUCUAUUCUCGUCCCUAAACAACGAAUCCAAUUUGGCAUUCAUAAAUCUUUCUUACAAUAACAAAUCAUGGUUUGGUAUGGGUACUGCGACGACGAACCCGACACCUUCAUCUCCUUCGACCCAGUCUUCACCGACACUCAACAUAACCUAAAAAACCCUAACUUCUCCUUUGUCUUCGAUUUCGAAUUGGUUUACAGGCGAGCCCCCGAACCAAACUCUGAUUCAGAUUCAGACGAAGACUUAUGCAAUUUAGAAACUCGAAUCCUUCGUCAAACCCACGAGUUCGAUAGAGAUUGGCUCAUCGGUGGCGAUAGGGAGCAGAUACAAGCCAACGUGUUUCAGAUUCUUGAGAUGAUCCAAGUCCCUUCUUACUCUGACAUUGUUUAUACGUUAACUUUCAAAAUCUUUGAUUUAAAGAAGCGCGAGUCCGAGUCUAAUUCGCCGGAGAUUGAGAGGAUACGAGUCGGGAUUGAUGUUAUCGUCCCGAGGUUUCCCGGUGCUAACGAUGACGUUUGAUAUGUAACUUGAGCGAUGAGGUGGUUGUUGGGAACGACCAAGGCUGUUGUAACGACCCAGAUUUUUUUUGGUGGGCCAGUUUGGCCUUUAUUAAAAAUUAAAGUCUAA